AUGUUCUAUUCCGAGACCCUCCUGUCCAAGACGGGGCCGCUGGCCCGCGUCUGGCUGUCUGCCAACAUCGAGCGCAAACUGUCCAAGUCGCACAUUCUUCAGUCCGACAUUGAGAGCAGUGUCAGCGCCAUUGUCGACCAGGGUCAAGCGCCCAUGGCUCUGCGACUGAGUGGCCAGCUGCUGCUGGGUGUUGUGCGUAUUUACAGCCGCAAGGCGCGUUAUCUAUUGGACGACUGUAACGAAGCAUUGAUGAAAAUUAAAAUGGCCUUCCGCCUCACAAACAACAAUGACUUGACGACAACUGUUGUCGCACCGGGUGGCAUUACCCUGCCCGAUGUGCUGACCGAGUCCGACCUUUUCACCAAUCUUGAUACUUCUCUGCUAUUUCCGCAGAACCUGAGCCUCGAUUUGGAAGGAAAGCGACCGGGUGCCAUGGAUUUCGGCAGCCAGCUUCUGCCUGAUAGCAGUUACCGUCGUUCCAUGUCUCAGGAGCCUGGUCGUCUCGAAGACCCCUCCUUGGUUGACCUGGACCUCGGAGAGGAUGAGCUUCCUCUUGGGAUGGACAACAGCGUUGAAAUUGGUCGUGAUGCUCCCCCCGCUCGUACUAUGGAGGAGGAUCAAUUCAGUGAUGCCGGCAAACUUCACGACGACGUUGACCUGGUCCUUGAUUUUACCGAUGCCCCGCUUGAAGAGCUUGACCCUGCUUCCGAUAACAUCAAUGACCCGCUUAUGGAUGACGGCCCCAUGGAUUUCGGUGACGAUACUGGCUUUGGCGGCGAGACACCACGCCCAGAAAGCCGCUUUGCGCGUGACACCGAAAGCCCGCUUUCCGACGCCGGCUCUGCUCAGAUGAACUUGCUCGAGGAGGAGCUCAACCGUGAUGCCACUCAAGAUGUUGAGGCUCGAACCACGAAGCACGCCCAGCGUGCUAAGCGCCAAAAAGUCAUCGUCGCCGACAAGGAGACUCAUUACUCUUCCAAGGAGGUCAAGGCCAUCCAGGCUGAUCGCUCGGCUAUCAUGCAACGCUCUUCGUUCUUGCCUCGUGACCCUGUUCUUCUCACUUUGAUGACUCGCCAACAGAACGGUAACUUUGUCUCUAGCAUCUUUGGCGAGGAGCGCAGCCAUGGCUGGGCCCCCGAGCUGCGUGAACUUCUGUCUCUGGAUAACGUCAAGAAAGCUGGCGAGCUCAAGCGUAAGCGUGAUAGCGGCAUUUCUGACAUGGAAGCGGCUGCUGAUGUUCCUGAAUUGGAGAUUGGCGAGGACGAGGCUCUUGUCACCGACGAGGGCAUUGGUCUUGACACUGGUCUGAACUUGCACUCUGAGAUCGACUUCCCUGGCGAUGAUGGCAUCGUCGAUGCCGCACCCAUGAGUGAUGAUGGCAUGAGCGCCUCUAUUGAAGACAUGGACGACACUAUUCGCCCCAUUGACACCGAACCCGUUUCGAUCGGCACCAAGCACGCCGUGCACAUCCUGCGCGAUUGCCUUGGCGACGUCUCCGCCACUGAGCAGAAGAAGGCUGUCGUGUUCCAGGACCUUCUUCCAGAGCAGCGCUCUAGCAAGGCCGAUGCCACGAAGAUGUUCUUCGAGGUCCUGGUGCUGGCCACAAAGGACGCUGUCAAGGUUGAACAGGGCUCCAAGUCCAUCGGCUCUACUAUCAAGAUCCGCGGCAAGGAGGCUCUCUGGGGCUCUUGGGCUGAGCAGAACGCCGGCGGUGCCAUGAGCCAACUGUCCCAGCUUCUGUAA